CCGCCGCCGCCGCAACACUCCGCCGCGCCGCUCCGCGUCCGUACUCCCUUUCCACCGCCGCCGCCGCACUCCCGCCGCGCCCGCAGCACUCCGCCGCGCCGCGCUCCCGCGUCCGUACCAUGGACGGCGACGGCGAACUCCCCUUCGAUUUCUUCUCGCAGACGGCGUCUUCCGGUGCUGCGGCGCACCACAUCGACGAGGACGGGUGGGGGAUGACGCCCCCUCGUCUCCGGGGAUCCGCCGACCGUGGCUUGGUGGCAGGGGGGCUCGGCCGCGGCUCGGUGGUCGGGGGGCUCAGCCGCGGCUCGGUGGCCGGGGGGCUCCGCGCUCCCAUCGGGCUGGAGAACAUCGACCUCAACGCCGACUCCGCCGUCGCCGCCUCCUACCCCAACAUGGGCAUGUACACGCAACUUUUUCAUCAGGGGAGUGCGGCCGGCCAUGGUGUGCCCCUCCAGCGGACCAGAUCGGACGGUGUGGCGCAGCGGCAGGGUCGUCCACCUCGCCAAGGUCUCCCCCCAGUGAGGGCCCAGGAUCGUCGUGGCAAGCAGGUAGUCGCGACGUCGGGACGAGGUGGUGCUGGUUCAAGUCGCUCAGGCAGCGGCAGGCAGCGGCAGGCAGCGGCAGGCAGCACCGAUCAUGGUAGAAGAUGUUGAGGAAGAAAAUGAACCAGCUGAAGAAGAUGUUCAGGCAGAGGAAGACGACAGCAUGCUGAACCAGCAUAUCCAGGUACAAUAUUUGUCUAAUUGUUGUGUUUGCUUGAAUGAAUGUAUGUUAAGUGGAAAGUA